CGGCUCUUUGUUAAUAACCAUUACUACCUCGCAGCGCUGAUGGUCCUACGGACUAUGCGCUAACCCGUAGCUCACAAACUGCAGUCAUCAUUAACAACCUCAACGGCUACCACGAGCCCUCUAUGGAGGAGCUAGAGAAUGAGCUCCCUCGAGUUCUUGAUGGCCAGGUUCCGCUGGGCGACCUUCUUUCUAGAGUGGCCCAGGCCAUCUAUGCUGAGCUGUCUGAACUUGCUGAGACCCUUCCAAAUAUGUCCGAUGGUGCUCGAAAACGCACGCUCGCUGAUUGGGUCGUGAAGACUAAGAAGCAAGUUGUAAAGCUGUAUGCCAUCACUAAGUGGGCGCGGGAUGCAGAUACCGUACAGAAAUGCAUGAACAUCACUGCUUUUCUCAUGAAUCAGAACCAGCAAUUCGAAGAUGUCAUGAGAGGUCUGACGUACGCAAAGGAAAGCUUGGAUCCUUCCAGGCUACGAAAUCAUGACUUACUCACCUCGCUGGAUAAAUCUAUCAUUCCAAUUACUCCCUUAACAGACGCUGAAGUUAUAAGUACGCUCAGUGACAUGGAAGACGCCAUCCGCUACCGUCUCCGUAUGUCGGAGAUAAUCCCGGUGGAAAUGUUUCAGCAUCGCAUUGCUAAUGGACGUGUGCACUUCUCGGUCCCCAAGUUGUUCGAAACUGCCAUCUACCUAGGAGGUGCAGAGAAGAAUGACAGCUGGUUCUUUGAUAGUGUCAAAUUCCUGAUCACUGUUGGUGGUGACCUCACAGGCAUGCAAGAGUUCCCUUCCGAGCCCACCGGCCUCCUCAGACGACACAUUGCAGACGAGGCUGAUCGACGGAUGUCAUGUUACCUUCCGCUCCCAGAUAAACAAGAAUUUGCUCCGAAUCCAGAAGAUCCACCGCGACCGCAGCUUCCAGAGGGAACGGUAGAUGCACCUCUCAGUUUCUUUUCGUUGGACGGUAAUUCACGGAGACGCACAGAAAUGAUGUCCAUGCUCAGAGGAUGCGCUCCCUUGGUUGGGCCUGACUUCCUCAAAGUUGAGAUGCGUGAUGGGCGUAAAACACUUGCUGUAUCGUAUUGGAUGCGACCUCCACAACCCGGAGCCCCCGUGGUGGCCCCCAAUCGUCUCAAAUUACCACCGCAUGGUGGUACCUUGACUAUUUCUAUUGUCGAGAAGGUUGACAAAAAAGCUGCGCGAUCACCUAUAGCGCGGAUGCUUGCCGAGCUUCAGCGAAAGUCAAAAUUAGGUGACAUGCGCCCUUCUGAUGAUGUUGAAAGCCUGCAGUUUGACGCAAAAUGGGAACCGAUGAAGGGCGUGUUGGCUGCCAAUAUCGACGCUGAGGAAGCGAUAGUUGCGGUUAACGAGCUUGCGGUUGAGUCUGAUAAUAUUGACUUUGAGUCAAUGUUGAGAAAGGUGAUCGAGGUGCACACACAAGCAAUCCUGAGAUUCUACCUGGUCCAGCUUCAACGGGGUCUUAUUCGGGUAUUCUCCCCUGCAGGCAAAGUGGUUCUGGUUUCUGAGAGGGGUUAUCAUUCUCUGCGGGUACAUCUCUGUGCCGACGAAGUCGCGAUCGUGUCCAUCGACACCAGGACAGGCCGGCUGAGCAUUCGAGAUACUGGUGACCUCGCAGCAGCUGGCCGAGGACCACGAUUUUCUGCACUAUCUGACAAACUCAACGAAGCACCCAAUCUGCUUUUCGAUACGAUUACAGAUAUUGUGGAACAAAAAGCCAAUUACCUUGGCUUCCAAGUGUUUCCGACAUCGAAACUUCCCAAAGAAGAAAUUCAAAAGCUUGGAUCCGCAGCGCGCGGCAUGAUGUAUAUCCAGCUUGCCAACUUCCCUACGCACUACCUCGUGCUUGUCCUCACAGACGAAGAGUUCAGGUACGCGCUUAUAUCAACAAAAAUGCUCUCGGACACGAUGUUUGGCAACAUGAUUAUGGAGGAUAUCGGCUGGCUUGAUGUGAGACGAAUACGAGGUGAUAGGAGUGUUGGCGUUGGCAUGGAUGAAGUUGUGAUAUCAUCUAUGUCGCACGAACCACUGGUGUUGCAAAAGAGAAAACGAGAUGAUAUCCCUUCAGAAUUAUCAAGAAGCGAAGAUAGUUUCAACUUGGAGACGCAAGUACUCCGGGAACUUUAUGCAUAUUGUUGCGCACGCGUUGCAUACACCCGAGUCGAGCGCCAGUUUAAGCUUCGUGGCAUCCCCUACACCCAUGUCAACCCCACUGUCACCCUCCCACAGAUAUCCGAACUUGGACACAUUCAAUCAUCCCUUGCACGUUCUGUACCGGCACUUUGUGUUCAGUCCUCAGACAUUCUAUCAGGCGCACCAGCAGCCGAGGCGGCCAUGCCUAACAUCCGCGUCAUACCAUUGAACUGGUGGUCAGACAAGAAGGCGCAGGUAGUGACAUGCGUGAAAUUGAAGUACGUACAACAGCCAGUUGGGAAGCGUGCCGCGGCAGGAAUCAUCUAUGACGCGGCCGAGGCUGUGGUCUCCUUUUUAUCUGAAGAGGUCGAUACCUGUGUGGACGAGUUUUUAGAGGAGUGGGCCCGCGUUUCUAAAAUGGUCGUCAUUGCCCGUGAAGUGGCACGAAUGGCGAAAGGGAAGAAAUGGCCGGACGUGAGACUGUUAUCAUUUGACCUACAAACUGUGGAGUUUGCGUACGCCUCAGAUUAUACGGUCUUAAUUACUUGUACGGAUCAGCUAUCGCCUACAGGUGGAUCUUUCGAGCUACGCUUUUCACGUUGUGCGCCUUCGCCGACCCUCCUACAACCUUCCUCUCUCGCUCCGCCUCAUCUUCGUUUCUCAAAUCACCAGCUACGAACCAAUCCCCAUGAAGAAGCUGAGCCAUAUCUCUGCCACGUUCUCCGCCAUGGUCCAUUGGCAUCCUCACUCGACCGCCUUGUUGAACUCCUUCGAAACACCCUUCCUAUAGCAGUGGAACUUGAACACAUGAGAGCGAGCUCCCGUGACACCAAGCAGUCGCCAGGACGUGGUAGAGGUCGACCACGUAUAGCGGCUACGACUGGUACAUCCGAACCAUGGGUAGACACAUACGUCAAAGGCUUAGGCUGGUGGAGGGUGCUAUAUGGCGACCUCAGACAUGCUCUUGACUUCCGGUUAAUGACGGAACAACGGAUUGCUAUCCUAGAUGCGUCAUACUCUCUUUUCGGCUCAAGCUCCUCAAUAUCAUCACCAUCUCCCGAGCUUUUCACUCUGCUACCAAUUCCAGACUUCAAGACCCUUGUUAUUGAUGCCAUAAAGUCUGUGCGUAUAAAAGACGAACAUGCAAGGGUGGCCUACAUCGACGCCGGGGUAGUUUGUGAUAGCUCUUUUGUGAGCGGUGUGGCAAGGGCAUUGCAUGAACGAGUGUUGAAGAAGUUGCGAGAUAGACAACUCUAAAGAUUUCUCUACUCGAUUGGCAUUCUUUAUAUACUUGGUGAAUGCGUCUAAAAUUUGCAAAAACACCGCUACGUUGGAUCGUGCAUGCUGUGGCUACCUCGUUUUGCCGGUUUUGCCGGUUAUAACCGGCAAAA